AUGGCUGGUGAUGGCGAUAAUGUUCAUGGAUUUCUGAGCCUUGAUUGCGGAGCUUCCGAAAGCCACACGGAUGAGAUUGGUAUCCAGUGGACACCAGAUGGCAAGUACAUCAAGACAGGAGUUGAAGCCUCUGUUUCAAGUACGCUGGGGAGGGGAUUGAGUCCAAUCUAUCAGCGCCUUCGCUACUUUCCGGAUACAUCUCGAAAGCACUGCUAUGGACUGCCAGUUCUGGUGGACGAGGUUUACCUUGUAAGACCAAGAUUUUACUAUGGCAACUACGAUGGCCUCGAAUCAUCUCUCAGAGAGUUUGAGAUCCUGAUCGGUGCGAACAAGGUGACUGAUACACAUAUUACAAAAGGAGAAACGUGGUACCACGAGUUUGUCGUGAAGGCUGCUAAUUCGACGCUGGAUUUUUGCCUUGCGAGCAACUCGACAUCACCGGCAAAUGUUCCAUUCAUCUCGGCAAUCGAGCUGCGAAGACUGGAACUUAGCAUGAGCGGAAACCUUUCAGAUUCCAAUGAAGCUAUAGUAGUCUGGAGAAGGAUAAAUCUGGGAGCAACAUCGGAUGCCGAUAUCAGGUUUCCCGAGGAUCCUUACGAUCGAAUGUGGCAAGCCGACACAAAAAUUACGAGCUUGGAAAAGUACCAGCGAAUCAGCACGAACUCGACGGUCUCGGCAAGCACGUUUGACAGGCCUCCCUCGGCGGUGAUGAGAACGGCAAUCACCUCAGACUCGGCCAUAGUCUUUACAUUCCCAGCGAAACUUAGAACAUCACUGUACAAAGUCAACUUUUACUUUGCUGAAUUCGCUAAUUUAGGCAACAACACGAGACAAUUCACGAUCUUCUUCAACACCAGCAUGUUUCAAGAUUCACCACUGAUCAUUGACACCGGAAAGCCCGACACUUUGACAUCGAUGCAAAUAUACCUCAAGUAUCCGGUGGAACUUUCACAUCCGACGCAGUUUCUUUUCACUCCGACGCGAAACUCAACACUUGGUCCAAUUAUCAAUGCUGCCGAGCUACUCGAGUUCAAAAAUCUCCUCCCAGGGACAGAAUCGGAUGACGGUAAAAGAUCCGCAGCCGAAAAGAAACAUAUUUUCUCAUACUUGAACACAUUUUUGUUUCUUUCUUUUACAGUGCUAGCAAUACGCGAGGUGAUGAACCACUUUAACCUCACUGGAUGGUCAGGGGAUCCUUGCUUGCCUCAUCGUUACACUUGGAGCUGGAUCACCUGCGACUUCGCUCAAAGCCCAGCGAUAAUUACAGAGCUGAAGCUGUCGAACCAGCGACUCAAUGCUACCAUACCAGAGUCUAUCAGGAAGCUAUCACAUCUUACAAAAAUCUAUUUGGAUAACAACGUAUUGACAGGACGAGUUCCAACUUUUAGCUCCUUGAAAAAUCUUACAGUCUUGUCAUUACAGAACAACAGUUUGGAAUGCAUACCACCAGAACUUCAGUUCUCUUUCAACAUAACUGCUAACUUAUGUGAAAAGCACAACAAGAAAAAAAAUACAACGCUUAUCAUUGCGGUAGCAGUACCAUCUGUAGCCAUACUAUUACUUGGAGCUGGACUUGUCGUAUUUUUCUUCUCUAGUAAAAAGAGGGACAGUCCAAGAACUGUUAGAGCACAAGAUGAAGAGACUACAGAGAAUUCAAAGCCAAAGUCUCCAAAUUUCAGUGCUAAAAGCUUCACUUACAAAGAUAUCAUUAAUACCACAAACAACUUUAAGAAGGUUCUUGGAGAAGGAAGUUUCGGACCAGUGUAUUAUGGCCGACUUCCAGAUGGUACUGAAGUUGCAGUGAAGGUUUUAUCAAGCAGCUCAAGCCAAGGGCAUCAGGAAUUUUACACGGAGAUCGAUAUUCUAUCAAUUGUGCACCACAGAAACCUGGUAACUUUUCUUGGCUAUUGUAAUCAAGGGUCUGAGCUUAUAUUAGUGUAUGAGCUUUUGGCAAAUGGAACAUUGAGGGAGCACUUAUAUGGCACAAACCGCCCAACAUUAAGUUGGAAAACACGGUUGCAAAUUGCUUUAGAGGCUGCUCAAGCAUUGGAGUAUCUUCACACCUCAUGCAAUGUACACAUAAUUCAUCGAGAUAUCAAAACAACCAAUAUACUUUUAAAUUUUGCUAUGGUUGCCAAAGUCAGUGACUUUGGAAUUUCCAAGCUUUAUAACAAAAAUGAAGCAUCACAUGUCUCAACUGCAGUAAAAGGAACUCCGGGAUAUCUUGAUCCAGAGUACCAUUCAUACAACAGGCUCACGGAGAAAUCAGAUGUAUACAGCUUUGGAGUGGUAUUGUUUGAGAUUGCUUCUGGUCGUGAACCAAUCAACCUAUCUCUUCCAGAGGAGCAAAUUGUUCUCUCUACAUGGGCAUGCAAGGAACUUGAGAAAGGCAACUUGAAAGCGGUAAUAGAUCCUAAGUUAUCAAACUAUAGAGAGCAAUCAGCAUGGAAACUUUUAGAGGUUGCAAUGAGAUGUGUGGAGCACUCCUCCAAGAGAAGGCCUAACAUGAGUAUGGUGGUAACUGAGUUGAGAGAGGCUAUCCAGCUUGAGGAGGAUGGGAGCUUUAGCUCGAGGCAAAAUUUCAACAAUGGAAUAUAG